AUGAAAGCAGUGACAUUCGCCUCCGCGGGGCUGGCCAUUGUGGCCGGGGCCCACGCCUACAAUUCCAAACUCGACCAACAGUCCAACGUGACAGCCAUGAAUCUGACAGGCACGCACGGGCCAGAACGGCCGCUCGCGCAUCUCACGCCCACGACCGGGUGGAUGAACGACCCCAACGGUUUGUUUUACGACAACGAGACCGCGACCUACCACGCCUACUACCAGUACAACCCCAACGACAACGUUUGGGACUUGCCCUUGUUCUGGGGCCAUGCCUCGAGCAAAAACCUGGUCACGUGGGAGGACCAUGGCGUCGCGCUCGAGCCUAUGGACGACGAGUCCGGCGCCUUUUCCGGGUCCAUUGUGAUCGACCGCAACAACACCUCGGGCUUCUUCGACAACUCCACGCUGCCGGGCCAGAGAAUCGUUGCCCUUUACACUGAGAACAGCAACGUGAGCGAGUCCCAGUUCGCAGCCUACUCGCUGGACGGUGGUUACACUUUCGAUUACUACGAGCACAACCCGGUCCUAGAUAUCAACUCGACCCAGUUCAGAGACCCCAAGGUUUUCUGGCAUGACGAGACCGAGCGCUGGAUCAUGACUUUGGCGCUUUCCCAGGAAUACAAAAUUCAGAUUUACACUUCCGAAAACUUGACCUCCUGGGAGUUCAAGUCUAACUUCUCCCACCACGGUAUUCUCGGCUACCAAUACGAAUGUCCCGGUUUGGCCAAAGUACCAGUCAUUCACGAUAGUCCAUCCAACGUUACUUUGCACGGCAACAACUCUACUAUGAACGCUACCGCUCAAACCAACUCUAGCUCGGUGGACCACAAAUGGGUCAUGUUCAUUAGUAUCAAUCCUGGUGCUCCAAUGGGUGGUUCUUUCAACGAAUACUUCAUUGGUGAUUUUGACGGUGAGACCUUCACCGCUCAAGACGCGGCCACACGCGUCGUCGACCAUGGUAAGGACUUUUACGCUAUGCAAACUUUCUCCGACGCCCCUAACAAUGAUGUUCUAGGUAUUGCCUGGGCUUCCAAUUGGGACUACGCCGCCUACGUUCCAACUGAGGACUACAGAAGUUCGAUGUCUCUAGUUCGUAACUUAACGUUGCGUCCUUACAGCCCUAACCCGGAAACUACUGAGUUCACGCUAUACAGUGAACCUAUCUUGAACUACACACAAUUAAACACCAAUCAAUCCAUGCACAAGACCUCACUCGAGUUGAACUCCGAAGAAUCGGUGUCGUACCGUUUGGGCAAAUCUCCUCAAGGCUUGUUGGAGUUCUCUCUCGAGUGGAAGGUGAACUCCUCCGCUCUAACUUCCAAGCAUGAGUUCGCCGACAUGUCUCUAUACUUCCAAGGUGCUGAAGAUGACGAUGAAUAUUUGAGAUUGGGUUACGAACAAAACGCGGCCGCGUUCUUCCUUGACAGAGGUAACUCCGAAGUCGAUUUUGUGAACGAAAAUCCAUUCUUCAAUAACAGAGUCUCUCAGAACAUAGAAAUCUACAAGAUCGCCGAAGAUGGUUUACCUAUCUUCAAAGUCCGCGGUAUCAUUGACAGGAACAUCAUCGAGCUGUUCUUCAACGAUGGUUCCUCUACCUCCACAAACUUGUUCUUCUUGAGUGAGGAAAACUACAUCGGCACCGUGGAAAUCUCUUCAGGUGUUGACAAUGUCUACACCAUCUUAGACUUUGACGUGAAGCAAUUGAGCGUCAAGAACGAGUAA